AUGCCGGCAGACAAGACGUCCUUAGAGCAAUCGGCUCCAGACCUGGAGAUUGUCGGUGAUAAGGUCACGAUCCAUCCUAGCGGGUACACUGGAGGUCCCCAGGAUGGGCCAAUCACGGAGCGCAAUCUCGUCUCCAAUAUGGCGCGCUUUCGCGAGAAUCCCUUUGACUUCUUGCGCGAGGUCAGCCUCUACAUGUCGGGAACCGGAUGGCGAGCCUACAACGAUGUGAUCGGACAGCCCAUAUUCUAUUCUGGAUUCUCGGAUAGGAUCAAGGCGAGCAUUCUUGCAAGUCCAAUCCUGCAAGAGAAGGUGAAAGAACUUGCGGAAAUGCGACUCGCAGUGGAGGAAAAGGAAGGGUUGUUGCAGAUAGGCGAAAAUCCUGUAUCCAAGAGGAAGAAGCAGCGCCGGGCCGAAAUAGAGAGCAAUCUGAAGGAAGUGGUAGAUACAAUGAUGGACAGCAUAAUUUGCAAGAUGGAGAGCAAGAAGUUCAUCCGUGGCGCAUACUAUCUGUGUACCCAACUCCUCACGCGGGCUUAUCAUCAAGGAAUCCACGUUUCCAGUGAAGAAGUCCUGCGACUCCGUUCUGUCGCCGAAGAAGCGGCGAAGAAGAAGCAGUCAAUCGUUUUCUUACCGUGUCACAAAUCGCAUGUCGACUACGUCUCACUUCAGCUCAUCUGCUAUCGUCUAGGGAUUGGGUUGCCGAUCGUCGUGGCUGGUGAUAACCUCAAUAUUCCAUUGCUUGGACCUUUCUUACAGCACGCAGGUGCCAUGUGGAUUAGAAGGAGCUUCGGAAACGAUCCGUUAUAUAACACUGUGGUACAGGCAUACAUUGAUACGCUUCUCCAAAAAGGAUUCAACUUUGAAUGCUUUAUCGAAGGCGGGCGAUCUCGGACGGGAAAGCUUUUAUCCCCAAAGUUUGGGAUUCUUAGCUUCAUUGUGGACAGCGUGCUCUCUGGCCGUGUUGAGGACACUAUAAUUUGCCCCGUGAGCACACAGUACGACAAGGUCAUUGAAACCGAGUCUUACAUCAGCGAGCUUCUCGGUCAGCCGAAACGAAAGGAGAAUCUGGCCGACUUACUCUCAUCAUCUUCUGUCCUGUCUUUGAAAUUGGGACGCGUUGAUGUUCGAUUCCAUGAGCCAUGGAGUCUGCGGGAGUUCAUUACCCAGCAGCUCAGUCGAUUACCAAAUCAAAUUGAUACGCAACCCGGUCAAAAGCUCAGUUACACAGAAAGAGGUCGUAUUCUAAGGACCUUGGGGUACAGAGUCCUGUCAGACAUCAACAAUGUGUCGGUGAUGAUGCCCACGGCUCUAGUCGGUACAGUGUUAUUGACUCUCCGAGGACGUGGUGUCGGCAAAGGAGAGCUUGUACGCCGCGUGGAAUGGCUCUGUGAACGUGUCCGAGCGAAGGGAGGGCGUGUAGCCCACUUCUACCGGUCCCCCACUGAGAUCGUCGUUGACCGAGCUCUCGAAGUUAUGGGUCCCAAGCUUGUGGGCAUAGUUGCUGGCCUGGCUGAACCCACCUAUUACGCCGUGGAUCGCUUCCAGCUCUCCUUCUACCGCAACAUGACAAUCCAUUUGUUCAUAACCGAAGCACUCGUUUCUGCAGCUAUGUACACCAAGGUCAAACAAGGUGGUGGUCCCGCACAUCAGCGAAUGCCGUACGAGGAUCUCCUGAGACAGGUUUCAUUUUUGUCACAGCUAUUCCGUGGUGAAUUUAUCUUCCCGCCUGAAGGAUUGACCACCAACCUUGACAAAACCCUUCGGGGACUCGAGAAGGACGACAUCAUUGCAGUCUCGAGGGAUCCCUCCGGAAAGCCACUCGCUAUUGAAUUGACCGACGCCGAACGUAACUGUGGCAGAGAAAAUUACGACUUCUAUUGCUUUCUCGUUUGGCCUUUCAUCGAGGCUUCCUGGCUGGGAGCGGUGUCCCUGAUGGGCCUCAUCCCGCCUUUGAACGAGCCGAAGGAUAUCUGGAUCGACCAGAAGAAAGCUCAGGACAGUGCGCAAAUACUUGGCAAAACAUUGUACCACCAAGGGGAUCUUUCCUACUUCGAGGCUGUGAACAAAGAGACUCUCAAGAACUCGUAUCAACGUUUCGUAGAAGAAGGCAUCAUCCUUGUUGCGAAGAGCAAGGAGUCUCGCUCCUCGCCGACAAUCAAACUUGCUCCUGAAUGGACGCCAGAGCGAGACCCAGUAACAGCCCAGCUUUUACCGCGUGGACGCCUCUGGGACUUCACGGAGUUGAUCGCGCAGUCCAGACGUGAAGGGAAAAAUCGGCGCGACGGUGCCACGGUAUCAUCGCGUGUCCUCACAAUGUCCGAUACUGUCGGCCGAAAAUUGUUCGAAAGCGCAGCUAGCCCUGACCAAGCAAAUGACAUUGAUGUCUCGACGCGGAAGAUGCGCCGAAAUGUCAUUGCGCCAGCGAAGCUCUAG